AUGGGCAUCUUGGAAUGGCAAAAGAUCCUACACCUUGCCCUAGAGGCUUCGAUAAGCCAGGGUUCCUUGCAGUGGCUAGCAACCAUGCCAAUUACUACUAGCUUUUGGAUGGAACCUUUGAAGGAGGAUAAAUAUCUGAAUCGGUCGCCAGAUCUUGUUGAGGAUUUCUAUUCGACUCCGAUAUUCACCGACAAGAUGGUCUGA